AAGCGCUCUCACCUUCUUCCCCGCCCAGAUUCGUGCUCUCCUCCUUCCCGCUUUCCCUUCUUUAUCUUCCGCACUCCCCCCCUCCCGUUCCCAAGGCCUCGCGCGCGCGCGCGAUUGCGCGCUCACCACAAGUCAUACACAUUCACUCCCCCCCCCUCCCAGGGCCCCGCCCCCGCUCUCCUCCUCCUCCCCUUUUUUCUCCCCUCCCCCUCCCCGCCCAGCCGCGGUCGCUCGGGUUCCAGCUCUUGGUUACAAGAUGGCGGCGCUGAGCGGCGGCGGCGGUGGCGGAGGCGGCGCAGAGCAGGGCCCCAUUCUCUUCAACGGGGAUAUGGAUCCCGAGGCUGGCGCCGGCUCGGCCUCCUCCGCUGAGCCGGCCAUCCCCGAGGAGGUGUGGAAUAUCAAACAAAUGAUUAAAUUAACACAGGAACACAUAGAGGCCCUAUUGGACAAAUUUGGAGGGGAACAUAAUCCACCAUCAAUCUAUCUGGAGGCCUAUGAAGAAUACACCAGCAAGCUAGAUGCACUUCAACAACGUGAACAACAAUUAUUAGAGUCCAUGGGGAAUGGAACUGAUUUUUCUGUUUCUAGCUCAGCUUCAACAGACACAGUUACAUCAUCUUCCUCUUCUAGCCUUUCAGUGGCACCUUCAUCUCUUGCAGUUUUUCAGAAUCCCACAGAUGUGUCAAGAAGCAACCCUAAGUCACCACAGAAACCAAUUGUUAGAGUCUUCCUCCCCAACAAACAGAGGACUGUGGUACCAGCAAGAUGUGGAGUGACAGUCCGAGAUAGUCUAAAGAAGGCAUUGAUGAUGAGAGGCCUGAUCCCAGAAUGUUGUGCUGUGUACAGAAGACAGGAUGGAGAGAAGAAGCCUAUUGGCUGGGACACUGAUAUUUCCUGGCUUACUGGAGAAGAACUGCAUGUAGAAGUUUUGGAGAAUGUUCCCCUAACGACACACAAUUUUGUACGGAAGACAUUUUUCACUUUAGCAUUCUGUGACUUUUGUCGAAAGCUGCUUUUCCAAGGUUUCCGCUGUCAGACAUGCGGUUACAAAUUUCACCAACGCUGUAGCACAGAGGUUCCAUUGAUGUGUGUUAAUUAUGAUCAGCUUGAUUUGCUGUUUGUCUCCAAGUUCUUUGAACACCACCCAAUACCGCAGGAGGAGGCCUCCUUAGGAGAGACCACCCUUACGUCGGGAUCAUCCCCUUCAGCACCCCCCUCAGAUUCUAUUGGGCCUCCAGUUCUUACCAGUCCAUCGCCUUCAAAAUCCAUUCCAAUCCCACAGCCCUUUCGACCAGCAGAUGAAGAUCAUCGGAACCAAUUUGGACAACGUGACCGGUCUUCGUCAGCUCCCAAUGUGCAUAUAAACACAAUAGAGCCUGUCAAUAUUGAUGACUUGAUUAGAGACCAAGGGUUACGGGGUGAUGGAGCCCCUUUGAACCAACUGAUGCGCUGUCUUCGGAAAUACCAAUCCCGGACUCCCAGUCCCCUCCUACAUUCUGUCCCCAGUGAAAUAGUGUUUGAUUUUGAGCCUGGCCCAGUGUUCAGAGGGUCAACCACAGGCUUGUCUGCCACCCCUCCUGCUUCCUUGCCUGGAUCUCUAACUAAUGUGAAAGCAUUACAGAAAUCUCCAGGACCUCAGCGUGAGAGAAAAUCUUCAUCAUCUUCUGAAGACAGGAAUAGAAUGAAAACCCUUGGUCGACGGGACUCAAGUGAUGAUUGGGAGAUUCCAGAUGGUCAGAUCACAGUUGGACAAAGGAUAGGAUCAGGAUCAUUUGGAACAGUCUAUAAGGGGAAAUGGCAUGGUGAUGUAGCUGUGAAAAUGUUGAAUGUGACAGCACCCACACCUCAGCAGUUACAGGCCUUCAAAAAUGAAGUAGGAGUGCUCAGGAAAACACGACAUGUUAAUAUCCUACUCUUUAUGGGUUAUUCAACAAAACCACAGCUAGCCAUUGUGACACAGUGGUGUGAAGGCUCCAGUUUAUAUCACCAUCUACAUAUCAUUGAGACCAAAUUUGAGAUGAUCAAACUAAUAGAUAUUGCACGGCAAACAGCACAAGGCAUGGAUUAUUUACAUGCCAAGUCAAUCAUCCACAGAGACCUCAAGAGUAAUAAUAUAUUUCUUCAUGAAGACCUCACAGUAAAAAUAGGAGAUUUUGGUCUGGCUACAGUGAAAUCUCGGUGGAGUGGCUCCCAUCAGUUUGAACAGUUGUCUGGAUCCAUCUUAUGGAUGGCACCAGAGGUCAUUAGAAUGCAAGAUAAAAACCCAUAUAGCUUUCAAUCAGAUGUAUAUGCAUUUGGGAUUGUUCUGUAUGAGUUGAUGACUGGACAGUUACCUUACUCAAACAUCAACAACAGGGACCAGAUAAUUUUUAUGGUGGGGCGAGGAUACCUGUCUCCAGAUCUCAGCAAGGUGCGGAGUAACUGUCCAAAAGCCAUGAAACGGUUAAUGGCAGAGUGCCUGAAGAAGAAGAGGGAUGAGAGGCCACUUUUUCCGCAGAUUCUUGCCUCCAUUGAACUUCUGGCCCGCUCAUUGCCAAAAAUUCACCGCAGUGCAUCUGAACCCUCAUUGAAUCGGGCUGGCUUCCAAACGGAGGAUUUUAGUCUGUAUGCUUGUGCUUCUCCAAAAACGCCCAUCCAGGCAGGGGGAUAUGGAGAAUUUGCCGCCUUCAAGUAGCCACACCAUCAUGGCAGCAUCUACUCUUAUUAUUUCUUAAGUCUUGUGUUCCUACAGUUUCUUAACAUCAAAACUCAGUUCUGUUCCUCAAAACCUUUUUUAAAGAUACAGAAAUUUCAGUGCAUAAGCUAGAGUGGAACAGAAUGAAUUUUUCCCCUCCAACAAAAGAGGGAAGACUAUUUUAGGAACCAGAACUCUGGGCUGCCAGUGUUUCUUCUUCAACACAGACACCACGUGCACUAACCACGCCUGCCCACUCCCAGGAAGAGAGAGGAGAGACCGUGCAUUCUGACCUUUGGGGGUUCAGGCAGGAUGGGAAGGAACUGCUGCUACGGCUUGGGAGAUUGGCUAUGGAAAGUCUGCAGAUCAACUUUUCUCCUUCUAACUACCUGGCCAAUAAAUGGCAGAUCAUCUGAUGGGGCAAUUCCAAUCACAAGAAUCAUUCCUUUUUCUUUUCUGGGAUUUUGUUAUGGGGUUUUUUCCCUCCCUUCCUGGUGUACCUUCUAAGAGCUGGAACAAAAAUGCAGUAUAGCCCUUUCAGUGUUAUGUGUGUCCAAUAUUCAUCCAUAUUUUCAAAUUUAUCCCCCCAAAAAAAGAUUAUUUUUAUUGGAAAGAGGAACAAGGACAUUGUACAACUGGGUCAAGAGAAAAAGGGAAUACAGCAUCUUUUUUCCAGAUCUAUUCUAUCUCUCUUCUUUAAUUUCCUUUCCAAACUCUGGUGUGUGACUCAUUGAGGGUGCCUUCUAAGCAGGCUGGAAUGCAUUGACACACACUGGGUCUUUCUCAUUGAUCCAGCAACCAAGAAAUGCUUGUAUGUCUUUUUAUAAUAAACCAGGUCUUCAGUGUAUAUUUCCAUUGGGACAAUACAAUAAAUUUGUUUUUAAGAUCUAUCAAUCAGCAAAUAUUUAUUGAGUGCCUGUUGUGUGCAAGGCACAAGAUACCACUGUGGUAUGUGACUGCAAUUGCUAAAAAUUAUUUGAUAAAGGGCCAUAGUUGGGUUUUUUUAAAAAGAGGUUUUUUAAUUGAAAAUUAAGGUACAUAUUUAACACAGAGUACCUUCCCAAUGUAAAUUAUUAAAUAAUGGAAAAUAAUUCUCAGGUUGAAUUGAGUCACAGUAAAAUAUAAUACCCUCCCCUGAAUCAACUUUCUAAAAAUGGUAUUUGGAGUGUGAAAUGAUUUUUUUAAGAAGGAAAAAAGGGGUGCAAAUUUUUGUUACUUUAUCCUAUGUCCUCGAAUAAGUUUGUAUACAUAUAAGGAAGCUUGUCAUAAUGACAAGAAUUUAUAUCAUUUUUAUUAAUGGUUCUGACUGGAUCCAUACUAAUAUCUUGUUUCAUUUCUUCCCACUUACUCUCUUUUACUCUGCCCACUUUUCUCCUUUAUCUAGUUUGCAACCUAAAAUAAAAAUGGUGGUAUGUGCAUUAAUUUUCCUUCUUCUUUUCUUCUCAAGCCUGGUAUUCAAAAGGUUGGUAACUUUGGAACUAAGUUUCUCAGGGAGCAUAUAGAGUCACAAAUGAUGAUGGGAGAAAUUAGCAGGAGGGUGUUUUGAUGUGCUCAGUUUGCAGAAUUUUGAUGCUAGACAUCAGUUAUUUUUUAGAGGUUGAUGCUAAUUAGGUUAGAUAGCUCAUUACCCUAUCUUAGCAGAAAGCAAAAAAAUGUCCCUCAGAGCAUCUUUACUUCUUUUACUGAAAGUGAACGCUAAUCAUGACAGUAAGAAGGAAAGUGACCAGAUAUUAAUGGUCAGGUGAAAUUUCUCCAUAUGAUAACAGAAUCUUCGCUUGAAUGGAGGGGGAAAAAAUUAGUUGUGCAAUAGGCUUUAACCAGCAAAACACAAGAGGCCAAGGAUCUGCAUGAAAUUGAGCAGAGCCUAAAAUAAAUCAGGGAACAAGAAAAGCAUACUUUUAUUUCCAAGUCACACUGCUCCUGUAGGCCUAGAUACUUAAACUCCCUGCCAUCAGAUGCAUUUUUCUUUAAACAUUUCUAAAUAGAGAAUAGCCAUCUGAAAGGUUUAUGGACUGGUCUAAAUUUGCCACUAACAAUGUAGGUAAAAAAUCCAGAUAUUCAGGAAUGAAUAAUGAAUUUGAAAUUAAAUGUAUUCUUAUUAUUCCUACAUAUAUAAAAUAGUUAUGUGAUAUAGAAAUGGCCGAGGCUGAGAGUGAUUCAAACUGGCAUGGUUUGCUUGCAUGCGCGUCUGUGUGUGUGUGUGUGUGUGUGUGUGUGGUAUGACCUCUUUUUUUAAAAAUGUGUUUCCUUUGUUUUUUAUUUUUAAUCUGUAAGCUUUGUUGCCACAGAUGCUAGAUAUGGUUGUUUUUCCUCUUAGAUUAUCAUACAAUUUCUUUCCCAAGGUGAAAGUGAGCAACAGUAAGUAUAUUCAGUGCUCCUUUGAAAUAAAUAGAACCUGCUUGGAGUGAUGCUGAAUCUAAGACUACCUCAGCAAGGAAGGAGCUGUUUAUGGAUGAGGCUUAGAAAGUCACAUUUGAGAUUUUACACACUUCAGAGAUGCUGCUUUUUACCUCCCCCCAUCCUCCCUUUCUGGGUUGCCAUCUUAUUUGAAAAGAAAAGGCAAACUUGACUUGUAUAGGCUGGCUUUAAAAUGAAUAUGAAGCCAGAGUUCAUGCUCAGGGUAUUGUUGAGUGAUUUCAGGUUACUUUUUUUUAAAUCCCCUUUUCAUUUCCUUUCUUUUUUAACUAAUUUUUUCCCACUUCUUUCAAUUGCUUUUCUUUUGCUUUAUUAUUUGAUGUUUCAGACUCUAAAUAGACUAGAGCCUUUAAGUUUCUAAGAAAAAUACAAGGAAACAGUCCUUGUUUGUGCAAAGCACUUUAUGAAUAAUGCAAUGUAAAUGCACAUUAUGUAGCUGCUUUAUUAAUGAUCUUUUAAGGUUGUGAUUCUACUGCCUUAUAGUUUGCUUUUCCUAUGGUGGCUGCAGUGCCUUCAUUUUAUUUUUGGUAAAGAUAGAUAAAUAAAAGUUAAAACCUUUUAAAAAACUGGGAACAACUGCAGAGAAUUCCAUUUUCAGUUUGAUCUUCAAAUUCAUUGAUUCUUCAGUAUCCUGAACAUUUUCCAUGGAAAUAAUAUUUUUCAGGACAUUAAUGUCAUGAAGUUUAAUGAAAAAAGAAAGGGGAGGGGAGAAGUAAUCAUCCAUACUUCAUCCCCUUAUAUUAAGGGACUAGAUGUACGACUGGUAAACAAAUUCACUGUCAAAUACUGGUUCCUAAGAAUUCUUUUAUGGCUUUUAUCAGGAACAUGUUAGCAAUUGUUAGUGGGACUUGGAGCACAGGAACUCUUAGCAAUAUGUCUUACAUUUGCAUUGAGAUUUUGAAAAAAAAUUAUAGUGCCAUGUAACUUUAAAAAUAAUAUAUCUUCAGUAGUAUGCUCUUUCUGAAAUCCUGGGAACAAUUUCUCCAGCCCAGUCUGGGCAUCCACAAAUAGGACAUGGCACUCUCUUUUUGACACAUUUCUAAAAACUACUGCUGUAAGUCCCUUUGCAGAUCUCGUCCAUUUCCAUCUUUUAUUUUCAUCUCAGUGCUUGAUGCCAACAGGAUAUCAUAGAAAUGGAGAAGAUGAAGAAAAGAUAAUGGCUGUAGUUCAGAACAUGUUGAUAGUAUCAGAAAAUUCAUUGAUGUGUUCAUUCAGGUGAUCCCCUCCCUUUGUGAAGUAAGAAGUUAUUUUAAUUCUGUGAGGCCAAGACUGUCCUGAUUAGAGUGAAGAUUUAAGUUUUAUGUGAAUGUUUAGAUAAUGCAUUCCUUUUUUGAUCUCAGAAGAGAUAUAGUACACACUUUAGCACUAAAACUAUUGAAAAGAUGUGUAGAUAACAUCCAUUGAAAAUGGUGCUAGAAUGGCACCAAGGAAGGCCUGAUCUGUUUGGGUACUGCAUUUUGAUACUCUUACCCUUAAAUCUAUUGUAUGAAAGGUAAAAAAGAAGGAAAGGGAAUAGUCAUUUAUUAAGCGCCUACUAUGACGGGCACUGUGUAAUAAUAAUAAAUGAAAUGGUGUGGUAUGACUUUAUUAACACUGAUUUGAUUCAGGAAGAUGACUUACCAGAAGCACAAAUUCUAUGUUAGCUUCAGUGAAGUGUUCCCUAAAUUGUUACAUGCACAGAAAAAAAUGUAAAUAAAUCUUCAUCAGAUAUUAUACAGCUUUUGACCAAGAUAAGCCCGCUGAGCCAUGAGAGCAGGUUUUGUAGCUAUUUGUUCUGGAAAACCUUAUUUUUCCAAAUUGCCAUUUUAGCAGCUAGCAAGUCAGCACCUUGAGAAUGAUAAAUGGAUAUAAAUUUUUGGCAAUGGAAGACUUUUUAAGAAACCAGCUAGAGAUACUAAAGGGACAAAAGCGAACUAGUAAAUGAAAAAUAAAUAUUCUUGAUGUUCAAUUAAAACCUCCAUUUAAGGCCCUAAGAUGACACUGUGCAUGUGAGGUUCAAGUACUUACCUUUACAAUUUUUGCCAAAUGAUCUCACCGUGCCUUUGUGAUGCAAUAAAAGCUAAAAUAUAGCAGAAAUAGUCUUUCAUGAAAGUAGUGACUGGUUUGAUUUGCUGUUCUUUGUUAUUUGGAGAAAACAGCAAGGACCUCAUCCCCCUCCCAAAAAAGCAUCUUUAGAUUUUGUAACCUAAACCAGAGAUUAAAAUGAGAGAGCCCGCUAAUGGACUUUUGAAUACAAAAAAAAAGUUGAGUUUUUUAAUUUUUUAAAUAGAACCGUUAGAUUAAAAGUAGAGUUGUGGCAUUUGGGAAGAAAUUAUAUAUUCCUUUUCCUUCAGCCACUAAAGCGUGAAUAUUUUGCACACUAGAAAUGUUAUUGAAUGGAUAUUUGAGGAGAAAUGAAAUUAGUUAGGAUUCUCCAUUCUUGGUGACCAGAUAUAUAUAUGAGCUUUCUGCACAGUCUUUGGGAAAAUGAAAAGGUAUGAUAUGGGACAGCAUUUUAAUGCUGACCAUUUUUAGACUACUGCUGCAGCUGAUAGAAUAUUCCACCUGAUGUCUAAAUUUUAUAAAGCCACCUGGUCCAUAUAAGUGGCACAGAAAACUACACCACCAGAUAGCGAGCUCCCUCUUGGAAUUCAGCCCCUACAGAACUCCACAAACUCGAUAGGACUAUGUUGCUAAUCUGUAUAAUCUGUGAGAGCCAGAUGGGAAGGAGCUUUCCUUUAGGGGCGAAAUGGUGGCAGUACAUUGAAAAAGCAAAGGCCUUCGACGGGUGAAUAAGAUUGGGCAGCAUGGUUGAAUUUCUUAAAUCCUUCUUCCCCCUCUCUACCCAAACUCUUCUUCCCUUCUCCCCACUCCCAAUAAACCAAGAUAAAAGAAUCUACAACAUACUUCUUGGUUACUGGGUUCUUCAUUAGAACCCCUUCUUAACACAUUUUAUAUAGAAUGGUAGCCUGUCUGAUUUUAGCAGCAAUGGUAUACAACUUGACGAGAGUAUAAUGGCACAACCCUCGUGUUCAUUUUCCCAUUUUUAGCUUCAGUAGCAUUUUCAGUACUGAUGUAGUUUGUGAUGUAUCAGCACCGAUUACUAUGUUCUUUUCCUCUUCAAACAUAAGUCCCUGCCAGAUACCAGCCCACACACACACACAUGCACACACACAAACACAACUUUGGCAGAGACAAAUCUAGUCCACAAUGUUGUCAGUUAUAGUAAAAAGUAAUAGCAAAUCCUCUAAGGAGUAUUGAAGAAGUUAAGCAGGACAGAGAUUUAGCUUUCAGUUCAGGAUUGCGGGGGGGGGGGGGAUAAUCAUUUGUUCCCCAUCUCAGAAAAGACAUGAGGAAAGCGGAGUCUUUUAAUAAAUGCACAACUAUUACAGUGGUCAGCUUAGGUCUGUGUUUUGUAUUAACUGUUGGUUAAAUAAAAUGGUUUGUGGGUUUUGUUGUCUUUUAACUCUUUGACUGUCAUAAUAGUCAAAGUGCCUAUGGAUACAUGCAAGUGUGUUUCCUUUCUCUCUUUUUUUUUGUGAUGUCGGAUGUGAUCUUUUUGUUUUAUGUGUGUUUUGUUUCUUUUAAAGAAAUAACUUUUUGUAGAACUCUUUGCCAAUAAACAAUGAAAUAUCUGUAUCACUGUCAAGAGAAAGAUUUGUUCCAAAAAUCUGAUCUACCUUGGCAGGCUGUACACCUUGUCCGGUCCACGUUGCCUGUCUCUUCUGUUUCAAACAUAGUUGAAUUGAGAAUCAGGCAUGAAAGUUGCAUCGGAUAUAGAGAACACAGCAAAGGAGCAUCUUUCCUUUUAUAUUGAGAGGAAGGGUGAAGUUGGGGUUGGGAGUGUUUUGACUAAUAUUUGGUGUUAUGUUUAUAUAUGUUAAGCCCUGGAUGGUGUGGGUGUGUGUGUGUGUGUGUGUGUGUGUGUGUGUGUGUGUGUGUGUACACAUGAAACUUAGAAGUUUCGGAAUAGCUUAAGCAUUGAAAUUCAGUCUGGGCACAAAUGUAUGAAAAAUGGACCAAACUUGGGUGGUGAGCAAGGGGGAGUGGGGAGGGAAGAGUUACAGGAACAGGGGAGAUAGUGAUACGGGUGGGAAACAAGUUAUAAUUACCUAAAAUCUAAGAGUGCAAUAAAUGUGCUUUUUAUUCAAAACUGUGAAGUUUUUUAAAAAUCCUACAAAAUACAUCAAUCCUUCCUGAUCCCUUUGUGUGCCCCUUACCUGAUUGAAACCAGCUAUUUAAACUUAAGCCUUUUUGUUCUCGUUCAUUUUUAACAAAUGUCCGACCUACGUGUCUUAUUAUUUUCAUGUCCUAUCAUCAGUUUAUAUACUUGUACAUAUAUAAGCUACUUUUUACAUCAUUUGGGAACUUAUUAGGUCCUCAGUGUGUCCCUUUGUUCUACCAUGUAACACGAUCUGAUGGUCACAUUUGAGCUCCAGUAACACUAUCUAGAUUUGAAGGAUAAAAUCUCGGUGAUGUGUGUAUGUGAUGAUCUUCUUUGUCAGUUUGCACACUUUGUCCUCCUCCUCUUUGCCUCCCCUCUGUCUGACUGAGCUGUUGCUCCCAGAAGGGUUCACAACUGAUCUUUUUCCCCAUGGGGGUGAAUUUGAGUCCACUCUUCUGUUGACAUUUUCCCUGGUGCGUCACAGUAGUUUUGCUAAAAAGAUAAGUUGUGGUUACUAUUUGGCUUGAACAGAGUACAAGAGAGAUCUUCCUUUGUUAUAUAUAUCCUGGAUUGAGGACUGCUCUACUAGGGAAAAGAAGGGGAAGUCUUCAUUGCAGGGAACUUCCUGCCCCAUGUCACUCUAAAUUCGGUAGUAGUACAUGCAAGCCUUCUCUACCAUGUUACUGCCAAAGUCUCAAAAGGGUUCCAUGGAGUUUAUAGGCAGUGAAAGGUUUGGGUCUUUUAAUAAUUAUUCAUAAGGAUCUAUCUCUGCUUUUGCAGAAAUGAUAAAGAAUAAUUUUUAUUUAACUUUUUUCAAGUCACUAAAAAAAUCUCAGAUUGGUGACAUUCCCCUCCUAUCCUCUUGUUCAUGGAGUGAUUGCUUGUUCAAAUUACUUUUCUUGGAUUCCCACUCCCUUUCCUUUUAUCUGGGUCCCCUUUCCUACUCAGGUCCCUUCAUUUGUACCUUGGAGUUUUUUCUCAUGUAAAUUUAUACAAUGGGAAAUAUUGUUCAGUUGGCUAGAGAGCAUGGAGAUUUAAAGCAACAAAACAACUGAAAUUCAGAUUGAGGAAAAUUAUUUCUGUGUAAAGUUAUUUAAAGAACUCUGUAUUAUAUAAAAGGCAAAAAGUUCUAUGUACUUGAUGUGAAUAUGAGAAUACUGCUAUAAUAAAGAUUGACUGCAUGGA